ACAACAGUGGAGGAAAGACAGCAGUGGAUUUGUUCAGGUGGUUCUGUUGGCGUUUUCACCUGGUGUGGCAGUUUUAGCAUCUAUGGACUCUGUGGAGGCAGUGAUCAACCCCAAAUGGCGACCCAAGGACCUUGAUGCUAUUCCACAUGUUGAGAUCCGUCCUAGUGAUAUCUUCCUCAUCACUUACCCCAAGUCAGGCACAGUGUGGAUGCAGCAGAUUCUGGUGCAGAUCAUGGAGGCUGCACAACCUGAUUGGGUAGAAGAUGGCACCAAUAGGAUCCGAGUUCCUUGGCUGGAGGGGAGACUUUUAGAAGACCCUUUCCGAGAAAGACCAGAUCCUCGGAUCUUUUUGUCACAUCUUCCCAUUGGCAUGUUGCCCCUUGGCGUGAAAGAAAAAAAAAUCAAGGUUGUGUAUGUUUGGAGGAACCCCAAAGAUGUCCUGGUGUCAUAUUACCACUUUGCUCACAGUUGGAUGUUUAUUGAAGCGCCUCAGAGCUUUGAGGAUCUCCUUCACCAGUUCCUAAAUGGUCACAGUAGGUUCAGCAUCUAUGGCCCUGUGCCAUUAAUGGAACAAAUUCACCCACUCCAGAUGUACCUCACUUGUGUUUUUGUAUGGCUAUCAUAUUACAGUGUUUUUUUCUGUGCCUCUUACGUUGGAUCAUGGUUUGAUCACGUGAGGGAAUAUUACGCAGCACGAGACCAACUGAACAUCCAUUUUGUGCAGUAUGAGAACAUGCUGAAGGACCUCAGAGGAGAAGUUGUGAAGAUUUGUGCUUUCCUGGGAAAAGACUUGACAGAUGAAGCCAUCGAUCAUGUUGUGGAGAUGUCCACAUUCAAAAACAUGAAGACCAACCCCAAAGCAAACUACAAGGACUUAGUUGAAGGCAUUCAAUAUAAGACAGACACCAUGCGAAAAGGUGUGGCAGGUGACUGGAAGAAUUUGUUCACCGUGGCCCAGAAUGAACGUUUUGACAAAGUGUUCAAGGAGAAGAUGAGUGACUUUCCUCUCACCUGCACCUGGGAGAUGACACAGUAGCUCCUCAACUCAGCCCUUAAGCCUCCCUCUACAUGAGCUCACAGUCAGUUAGAAAGUUUCAUUCUCAGUUUAGGUUGACUACGUGGUGUGUUCAAGAACAUUUGUGUUCAAUAAAUUUGUUUUAUCAGCUUGUUUUAACAGAAACAGUCUCUCUGCUCUCAAGGCAUACAGUCAAUCAAAUCUUGUAGGUAAUUUCAGUUCUUGUUAUUUCAUUUACAUUGACAGGAUAUACAGACAGAUCGAAAUUCCUUGUUUCAUAGGUAGAUGUUCUUAUAAUUCUUUUAAAAUGAUGUAUUUCAAUGGAUUAUACAUGUUAUGUAUGCGGUUUUUAACUUUGUUAAGAUCCUCAUUUUUCCCUUUGUCUCAGUUUUACUA